UGCGCUGGGUAGGGACAAAGAGAAUAGUUAGCGAUGAGUUUCUUUGGAUAGCUGUCUUACCCAGAUUUUGAUGAUCUUUCUCUCUUGCGUCCCAUAAUUUGGUGUCUGUGUAUGGUGUGGAAAGUAGACAUCUUCUAGCUGUAGGACAUAAACAAGAAUGACCACACGUUACAUAGAGUAGACAAUGGACUCUGAAGGUACUGUGGCUGCGGAUGAGCUGAAGAAACAGCAGGCUGUCCUCCCAUAGAUCUCAGCUGCCCUGGCAAGACUCUUUUGCUUCCCCUGCAAAAAAGGAGCCAAAAGUAGAGAUGACUGGAGCCGUUGUGUCCGUGUGUCUACUUUACGUCCUGUCUGUCUGUUCAGCCUGCUACAUCUCCAACUGUCCCAUCGGGGGCAAGAGGUCCAUAAUGGACGCUCCACAGCGCAAGUGCAUGUCUUGUGGGCCAGGGGAGCAGGGCCGCUGCUUUGGCCCCAGUAUCUGCUGUGGGGAGGAUGUGGGCUGCUGGAUGGGCUCCCCGGAGACGGCACACUGCAUGGAGGAGAACUACCUGCCCACCCCCUGCCAGGUGGGAGGGAGACCCUGUGGAUCUGAUACAGCACGCUGUGCCUCACCGGGAGUCUGCUGUGACUCAGAGGGCUGCAGUGCGGAUCAAUCUUGUUUCGCUGAGGAGGAAGGCGACAAUCAAAUCGGCCAAUCAGAGGGCAGCAACUCUGCAGACGUCAUCCUCAGGCUCCUGCACUUGGCUGACCACACGCCUCCUCAUAGAGUCCACCAAUGAGCUGCAAGUGACACCAGGGUUCCACCGGGGUCACUUGAGAGAUUGGUUGAUAGGAUUUGUAGUUCAAAGUUAGGAUUUAUAGUUCAAAGUUACCUAGAUGUAGUUCAUAGUUCACCCACCCAUUUACUGACCUUCUUCAGUAUAUAUUGGCAACCUCACUGGAUGGGACCUAGCUAAGAAUUUAACUCUGUGUUUGACAUUUAAUGUGUAUCAAAACACUGGAGUUAAAUUCUUAGCUAGGACCCUGAGCACUCCUCUGUAGAUUGCCUUUAUAUUGCAUACUUAAAUAUUGUAGCUAUAUACUGUAUGUACAGAAAUAGCUGUAACAAUUCUAAUACGUGUAAAGAGUCCAAAUGUGUAUGUUAAUAAAGCUUGUGCGAGUAUG